CCUCUCUACUGCAGCUCCUUUCUCCUACCGGGGAAGAAGACUGCCCGGCGGCUGAGUGAAGAUGGCGGCCUCCUUGGUUAGGCUUGUCCGCGGUGGUAUAAGUAGAAGCUUGAACGUUGCUAGUCGGAGUGCCGUGCUGGUGCAGAGGCGUCCAGAAGCCACAACAACUGAGACAAGGCCUACUGUUAGGCCCAAGGAUACAGUCACUCACAACCAGCUGUCCCAGUUUGGGGAAUAUAUUGCUGAGAUUCUUCCCAAAUAUGUGCAACAAGCUCAGGUUACCAACUACAACGAGUUAGAAAUUAUGAUCCAUCCAGAGGGAGUCGUACCUGUGCUGACCUUUCUUCGUGAUCACACCAAUGCUCAGUUCCGCAACAUGAUAGACCUCACAGCAGUGGAUGUGCCCACUAGGCAAAACCGUUUCGAGAUUGUGUACAAUCUCCUGUCCCUGAGGUUUAACUCUCGCAUCCGAGUGAAGACCUACACAGAUGAGCUGAGCCCUGUUGACUCCUCUGUCUCUGUUCAUCAAGCAGCCAACUGGUAUGAAAGAGAGGUGUGGGACAUGUAUGGAGUUUUCUUUGCAAAUCAUCCAGAUCUGAGACGAAUCCUGACCGAUUAUGGAUUUGAAGGCCAUCCUUUCAGAAAAGACUUUCCUCUUUCAGGAUAUGUAGAGCUGCGUUAUGAUGAUGAGGUGAAGCGAGUGGUGGCAGAGCCUGUCGAGCUUUCACAGGAGUUUCGGAAGUUUGACCUAAACAGCCCAUGGGAGACAUUCCCUGCAUACAGGGAGCCCAAAGACACACCCAAACUGGAGAGUGGAGACAAACCUGCAAAGUAACACCCAUUUCAUUAUGUUGUAGAACACCUGAUGUGCACAUGCACACACCCUUAUUUCUGUUCUUGCUAGUGAACUUCUGUAAAUAUAAGGCUAUGUCUUGUUGGGAGACACCCCGAGCAUCUAAAUAAAAAAAUAAUUUAAAAAUA